AUGGCGGCUCAGAGAUCAUCAGCUGGAGAGACGACCAGCCAGCCUCGAGUUUUCCUGCUCUCACUCGAAACGGAAGCCUUCUUUGAAGACAUGUACAAGGAUCUCCUCAACGGCCUCCUUUCGAAGGCAAAAGUCCAACGGGCAAAGAAAGCAGAUGCGACUCUUCGGUAUCUCUCAGAAAAUACCCCCGACGCGAUAUUCGCCACCGAUCCAGCUCUCCUAAAACCAAAAUAUUCCGCAGUCCUUGACAAAGUGAUCUCCUAUGUUCGUGACGGCGGAACUAUCGUUUUAGGUGGCCACUUCAGUUCGUUCGCUAAACCAGAUCAUCUCAAGCGUUUCUUCGAGUUCAGCUGGGGUCUACCCUGGCAAUCUGGAUACUAUCAUCGAACAACAGUGCAUGUGAACGUGAACUGCCAGGGCUUAGAGACUAGGGGAUUACCGGCAUCAUAUAGCCAGAAGGCACUCUUUCUCAAAAACGUUCCACCUGAGGGCAGGCUGUAUUUACCCAACAGGGACUCGAUGACGGAGUCUAGGGUUUUCGGCCCUGAAAGAAUCAGCGAUCUUAGCCAGGCAGCUGUUGUAUUUGCACCAUACGGACGCGGUAGGAUUGGGGUGCUGAGUAUCAUGUCUAGGGAGAUGUCACAGCUUCUUUCAGUUUGA